AGGAAGCGCCGCGGAGCCUGCGAGCGACCCUCCCUCUCCUUCCCUCUGGCCGGCGCACCUGCUCCGCGGCGCGCUCAGUCCGCCAUGGGGGGCUCCCUGGCCCCCAACAGCUCCUUCCUCGCCACGCCCAGGCCGGGCUCUCCGCAGGGCGGCGGCGGCGGCGGCGCUGCUGGCGGGCCCGGCGCUGCUUCCUCCCCGUCCGGGGAUGGGCCGGGCUACCGUGGCUGCGAGAACGGGGCCCUGAUGGACAGCUUCGGCAUCUUCCUGCAGGGGCUGCUCGGGGUCGUGGCCUUCAGCCUCCUCAUGCUGAAACGCUUCAGAGAACCAAAGCAUGAAAGGCGUCCUUGGAGAAUUUGGUUUUUGGAUACUUCCAAACAAGCCAUAGGGAUGUUGUUCAUCCACUUUGCCAAUGUGUAUUUAUCAGACCUUACUGAAGAGGACCCUUGUUCACUGUACCUUAUCAACUUUCUGCUGGAUGCCACCUUGGGAAUGCUGCUAAUUUACGCUGGUGUGCGGGCAGUAAACAGCAUUGUUGAAUGGCAGCAGUGGGAGUCCCUUCGCUUUGGUGAAUAUGGUGACCCCCUUCAGUGCAGUGCUUGGGUGGGCCAGUGUGCAUUGUACAUAGUCAUCAUGAUGUUUGAGAAAACCAUCAUCAUCAUAGUUCUCCUAAUACCUCAGUGGAAAGAGGUAGCUGUAUUGAAUCCUAUAAAGAAUCCUCAGUUGGAGCUGGCUAUUGUCAUGCUAAUAGUCCCCUUCUUUGUAAAUGCAUUCAUGUUCUGGGUAGUUGAUAACUUCCUUAUGAAGAAAGGGAAAACAAAAGCUAAACUUGAAGAAAAAGAAGCUGGGCAGGAUUCAAGGAAUGGAAGCAAAGUUCGAUACAGGAGAGCAGCCUCACACGAAGAGUCUGAGUCAGAGAUCCUAAUUUCAGCAGACGAUGAAAUGGAAGAAUCAGAUGUUGAAGAGGAUCUUCGGAGACUGACUAACUUAAAGUCUGUAAAGAAAAAGAAGCAUCGAUUUGGUCUGCCUGCCCCAGCUUCUGAGGCUCCUGUGAAGAAGAAGCGCCCUCCAGUAAAGGAAGAAGAUCUCAAAGGGGCUAGAGGGAAGCUCUCUGGCAACCAGGAAAUCAAAUCCAAAACCUACCAAGUCAUGAAGCAAUGUGAGCAAGCUGGCUCUGCUGCACCAUCCAUAUUCAGCCGAGACCGCACAGGGGGGGAAACGGUAUUUGAUAAACCCAAAGAAGAGCCUCCGAAGAGUGUCUUUGGCUGACUGCCAAUUUCAAGAUCUGCAGCAAAUAUACAUGGAAUACUAAACCCCUUAUUUUGCUUCCACAUGCACCAGUCUUAUUACUUGCGCUGUUAAUUCCUUUAAUUCCUAAUUAACAAGAGAACUUGUCUUGAAAGAAAGGCACUUAUUUUUAUAUGGGGGGGGGCUUGUUUGCUUUUUGACCUUUCUUAGCUGCGUAGUGGAUGAUUCGAGUAGAGCAGUAGUUAUUGGGCGCAGGCUGGUAUUAUAAUGACCAAUUUUGUUACAAACAUACAUGGAUCUCUUCUAUUUUAUGUUCCAGAACAGUGUCUCAGUUCCAAAUGUGGUUAUAAUUCUGAGCUGUAAAACCAAUAAAGCAUGGCGGUUCUGGUUUUGGCUAA